AUGAGGGCAGCAGAAGGAUCAAAGAGCAUAACGAAAAUACUCUACUACUUGUUCCUAAUUUAUACUUUCUGUGCUGUAUUGUAUACAGCCAACUACUUCUACCAUACAUAUACUUCUGAAAAAGCAAUUCCCGAUGUUCUACCUCAAAGUAAUGAUCUAAAAGGGAUUAAUAUUCAGUCUGCAAACUCUGGCAAAGAUGCUAUCAAGUGGGGUGGUAUGCAAGACGUAAUGACAGAAGAGUUCUUCUUGUCAAAAGUAUUUGCAGAAUCGCUACAGCCCACACAAGUGAUCCCAUACUAUUUCCGUGCACAAGGAACACCACCGAAAGAGGACAUUACAAUAACUACACUUAUUACGGCUAAUAGGUUUAAAGUUUUUGACAGACUCGUCAAUCACUACAAAGGCCCAAUAUCAGUGACAAUACACGUUAAUGACGUACCCCAUAAACGCAAUGCACUCCUUGCUCAGCUGAACGACCUCUACCAUGGCAAUCCGCUAAUGAAGAAAUUUGUCGACGUCCAUCUCGUAAUAGACAAAUUCGAGCGCCAAUUCAACAUGUGGCGCAACGUAGCUAAAUUCUUCGCCCGCACCGACUAUGUAAUGAUGCUCGAUGUUGAUUUCUAUCUCUGCACCAAUUUCCGUGAGAAAAUACUAAACGACGAGCGGCUCAUGAACAUGUUACGAGCCAAGAAUACCGGAAUCAUCAUUACGGCAUUCGAGUAUGUCAAUCAGGCUGACGGUUACGAGCACGAAAAAUUCCCAAAGACCAAGACCGAUUUGCUGAAGCAGGUUCAGGCGGGUCAAUUAGACAUGUUUCACGCAUUUUGGUGGAGAGGUCAUGGAAGUACCAAUUAUACUCGGUUUUACGAGGCGGACCAGCUCUACAAGGUUACUCAAUAUCAACACCAUUAUGAACCGUAUGUUAUUUUCCCCAAGGAUAGUCCAUGGUGUGACGAGAGGUUUAUUGGAUAUGGUGCAAACAAGGCUGCGUGCUUGUUCGAACUUUACUUGUCUGGUGUAGAUUACUGGGUAAUGCCAGAUGACUUUUUGAUCCACCAGUCACACGAAUACCUUGAAAAUGCAAGGAGAAUGGAGCGGAAAUACAACAAGAAACUCUAUGACCACUUCCGAGAAGAAUUAUGUUUCCGCUAUGCUCGUAACUUUAUCAACUCUGGUGUAUGGUCGACAUCAGUAGCAAAAAAUCUAAAGACAGAAUGCAAUAAGAUCCGUGGAUUUAAUCAGGCCAUAAAAUAUUUUAGUUCUCUAGAGUCCUAA